GAUUGGAUAGUUAUUUUGAUAACGGCCAAUUAAAAUGAAUGUAAAUAACUAUCUCGGAACGUAAUUUUGCCGACAGAAAAGUUUUAUUAAAUUGAAAUUUUAGGUUAGCUAGAACGAAGACACACAUUUUAAACAUAAUCGAUACAUGCAGCGAUGUCCCUGUCAGGUAGGGAAUGGGAUGAUUUGAAGUCUUUACUAGACAAGGCGGUGAAUAAAUUUCUAGGAUUCAGUGAACCCUCACUAGUGACUGCCGCCCUCAACUGUAUAGACAAAGGUUAUGAUGAAAGGAAGACUUCAGAUAAAUUACAGACAAUCUUGGACGAGAAGCAAGCCCCACUAUUUGCGGAGAAGUUGUUUGACGUCUGGGAUCAAUACAGGGCAACCAGUAAAUCGCACAGGAGUAAACGUAGAAAGUUUCAGGAUGAUAGGGACGAUGCCGAUGAUGGGAGAAAGAAAGCAAAGUUUGAGGAAAUUCCGGUGACGCCUGAGGGUCCAAGCCCGGGACAACUUACAGAAGAGAAGAUUAAAGAGAUGAUGCAGGCAGCACAGAAAGUAAUUCAGGAGAGAAAAGCACAAAUGUCAGCACAGUUGCCUUCCGGUCCACCGCCACCCUCGACAAAUUCUCAGGCCCAAAAGUUCAUGAAUGAUGCCAAAGAGAAGGCAAAAAGAGCAAAUGAGUUACAGGCACAGAUACAGGCACGAAUGGCCAGUCUAACUGGACUACCCGCACCUAUGAAGGGAAUGCCGCCCGUCAAAUCAUUAGGCGAGAAAGCUGUCGAAGCUCAGACAAAAUCGACUCCAUCUUCAAAUCCGACACCACUGAUUUUGGACAGCGAGGGGCGAACCAUUGAUGCAAAGACUGGGCAAGCCAUAACCCUGACCCAUCAUGCUCCCACCUUAAAGGCAAACAUUCGAGCUAAAAGACGAGAACAGUUUAAAGGUUUAAUAGACGCACCACCGGAAGAGAUCAGCGCAUCCAAAUAUUUUGAUCCUCGUGUUAGUUUAAUGGGUGCGCAGAGGCAAAAACGAGGCUUCCGUUUCCAUGAAAGAGGAAAGUUUGAACAACUAGCACAGAGAUUGAGGACAAAGGCACAACUAGACAGACUUCAGAGUGAGAUUAGUCAUGCUGCCAAGAAAACUGGGAUUGCGUCUGCUGCGAAACUCGCAACCAUAGCACCGAAGAAGGAACUGGUUGAAGGUGAAAAUCCAGACAUAGAAUGGUGGGACGCCUAUAUUUUGAGACAAAUUGAUUCGUAUGAUGCUCUUUCGGAGAAUGAGGAUUUGAAGGCCCGAUUGGAGGGUGUAACUCAUCUUGUGGAGCAUCCAAUUCAAAUGAAACCUCCAGCCGAGCCAGAUAAGCCCCCGGCUGUUCCUGUGUAUCUGACUGCUGCAGAACGAAAAAAAUUACGGCGACAAAACAGGACAGAGGCUCAGAAAGAACUUCAGGAGAAAAUACGACUUGGUUUAGCCCCGCCUAUGGAACCCAAAGUGAGAAUGGCGAACCUGAUGCGGGUGCUUGGUUCAGAGGCCGUUCAGGAUCCUACUAAGGUUGAAGCCCAUGUUCGAGCACAGAUGGCCAAAAGACAAAA